AUGGGUCUCGCCUUAAGUGCUCCUUCUAACGACACUCUUCGUACGCUUGACCUUGAGCCCGUCUACACCAACGGCUCCAUCAGCGUAGAGCACCUUUCCGUAGCCGGCAACCUUGAUGGGUUCAAGAUGCUCACGCCUGCCGCCCGUAAAAGUGCCGACUUUUGGUACUUCGACGUAUUCUCCAACACAACCAACCAGACACUCAACAUCGUUUUCUUCAAUACCGGAGAGUUCGCCAAUUACCCUCAUCCACUUGCCGUCCAAGUCGGCGGUCUCUAUCCCAACGGCACAGACUUCUACUUUGAGGCUAUGGCUGAUUUAGGCGUUUCUCUCACCAACGGCCCGGACGGCAUUGCGGGUGAUUGGAAGGGCGUCGGCUCUUUCAAAGGAUCUCCCUUGGAUGAACCCAAUGUUGAAUAUUCCAUUAGCAUUGACUCUCCCGAGAUGAAGAUUCAUGGUUCUAUAACCUACAAAUUGACGGCCCCCGCACACUAUCCGUGUGAGCUAGAAGGAGCUAUUGGUGCCAAUCAAAACCUACUUCCCGAUUUAUACUGGGCCAACGCCGUUCCAGACGCCAACACAGUUGUGGACUUGCAAGUUGGUGACAUCGCCAUCAAAUUUACCGACGGUGUCGGUUAUCAUGACAAGAAUUGGGGCAACAAGUCUAUCAUUGAUGUACCUCGUUAUUGGGACUGGGGUCAUGGACGCCUCGGUCCCUUCUCAGUCGUCUGGUACAAUCUACUCGACUACAGCGGCAACGAGGCGCGCAGAUCCUACGUCGUAAAGGACGGCGAAGCGCUGCUCGUGAGCUGCUCUUCUGAUUCUCUCGUUGUGCGACAAAAAGGUGGCAAGGCUGCUUGGCCUCCUAUCACUGGCCUGCUUGAGACAGAGGGAAUAGCAAUCAAUUAUACGCUCCCUGAUGGAAAAAUCUUGGCCAUCGAUGUCACGACCGACAUCAUCGUGAGGGAUGAGUCGGGUGCGUAUCAGCGUGCCAAUGGCGUGUUGAAAGGGGGCAUUAUUGGGGAGGAGACAUUUCAAGGCCGCGCUCAUUACGAGGAGUUCAUCUUCGGUAUUGUUAAUGACUACACACCUGCCGACUAUUGA